AUGUCGCAGCAUCCAAAAUUCUACGGGACUUCCAGCGACGCCCCCAUGAUCUAUCACCCAAGGCCCUCGAAGCAAGUAUCGCCUGAUCAUGAUUUCCCUGUGUCCUACAAUGACGUCCCGGUAUCUGCACAUCCCCCGGGUGGCGUAGUUGUCUCGUCGGCGGGCACCUUGCCACGUCCACCUGCUUUGUACCGCGAGUGGGAUCAUCCUGCACGUCUCCCCCCGCAGGCUCUUAGACCUGACUACGAUUUGGGCAAGUUUGAGAAUUCGGACUACCUGGUUGAAAGGAAUGGUCGACGUGCCUCUGAAAAAUUCAAGAGCAGUACGCGUUACCACUCACAAAGACGACCGUCCAACCGGGACGAAUUUGAUGGACCCCAUCAAUUGCUGGAAAUCCCUUCCUCGCGCAUCAUCGCGGCGCAGGCCAGGGAUCUGCCUCAUCUUCCUACUAAUCUUGAUGUCUCAGAGCAAGAUCGGAUUUUGUCUGCGGUGAAUGACCGAUUGUCGCAGUGUGCGUUUGACUUUGUUGCAAAGUAUCAAUUUCCGAUUCCCCUGGAACCGGACAAAAGACAGGUGAGGGUUCCCUCAGACCGUGAAUGGACUGAGUGGGUGUAUCUCCUAAAGAGACUGGCCACCAAGCGCCGCAUCCCAGCCAGAGUGCUUUAUAAUGGCCAGAUUAAGCAAUUAGUUACGGUUCUGGAAAACUCCCUGGAAAUGAGACAUGCUGCCAAACAUCAAUCCAGGCCCAUCAAGGAUGACCGCAAUGUACUUCAGCUCAUUUCAGCUGGAACUCAGGUGGCAAAAAUCCUGAAAGAUGCCGAUGCCAUGGACUAUUUGGACCGCCUUUAUCUUGAUACGGAGAAACGCAUCCAUGACCGACGCAGUCGUCGGGUGAAAUUCGUCAGUCCUUGA